UGCCGGGAAGGGGGGUGGGGGGUCACGUGGGCCGCGGGUGGCGAGACUCGGGCCCAGGGCGCCCCUCGGCUGCAGGCUCCCCGGUUCACUAUUCCUUGCCCGUCUCGCCUGCAGCAUGGCUUCCGUCUAGUGCAGUGCCACCAAGUGCGCCUUCGCCAGGUGCCUCUGGACGCGCAAGGCUGGGGCUACCUCGGAGCGCCCCGUGGGGGCCAUGGAUGGCGAGGCAGCAGGGGAGAAGGGGAGUCUUGUGCCCCCGCCAGGUGCACUCGAUGGGCCCACCUUGGGCGGUGCUCAGGCCCUAGGUGUGCGACGAGAGCCCAAGAAGUACGCGGUGACUGACGACUACCAGUUAUCCAAGCAGGUGCUGGGCCUGGGUGUGAACGGCAAGGUGCUGGAGUGCUACCACCGGCGCACUGGGCAGAAGUGUGCCUUGAAGCUCCUGUAUGACAGCCCCAAGGCCCGGCAGGAGGUGGACCACCACUGGCAGGCCUCAGGCGGCCCCCACAUCGUGCGCGUCCUGGAUGUGUAUGAGAACAUGCAUCACGGCAAGCGCUGCCUCCUCAUCGUCAUGGAAUGCAUGGAAGGUGGUGAGCUGUUCAGCAGGAUCCAGGAACGUGGUGACCAGGCUUUCACUGAGAGAGAGGCUGCAGAGAUCAUGAGGGACAUUGGCACGGCCAUCCAGUUCUUGCACAGCCAGAACAUCGCCCACCGAGACGUCAAGCCUGAAAACCUACUCUACACAUCCAAGGAGAAAGAUGCUGUGCUUAAGCUCACCGAUUUUGGCUUUGCCAAGGAAACCACCCAAAAUGCCCUGCAGACACCCUGUUACACUCCCUAUUAUGUGGCUCCUGAGGUCCUAGGUCCAGAGAAGUAUGACAAGUCAUGUGAUAUGUGGUCCCUGGGUGUCAUCAUGUACAUCCUUUUGUGUGGCUUCCCACCCUUCUACUCCAACACUGGCCAGGCCAUCUCUCCAGGCAUGAAGAGAAGGAUUCGCUUGGGCCAAUAUGGCUUCCCCAAGCCUGAGUGGUCAGAGGUCUCUGAGGAUGCCAAGCAGCUAAUCCGCCUGCUCCUGAAGACAGACCCCACAGAGAGGCUGACCAUCAUGCAGUUCAUGAACCAUCCCUGGAUCAAUCAAUCAAUGGUGGUCCCACAGACCCCACUCCAUACAGCCCGAGUGCUACAGGAAGACAAAGAUCACUGGGAUGAAGUCAAGGAGGAGAUGACCAGUGCCCUGGCCACCAUGCGGGUGGACUAUGACCAGGUGAAGAUCAAAGACCUGAAGACCUCUAACAACCGGCUCCUCAACAAGCGGAGGAAAAAGCAAGCAGGCAGCUCCUCAGCCUCACAAGGGUGCAACAACCAGUAGCUCUGGGGCAGCCAGAGGGACAGACUGCAAUGUUCGGAGGCUCUGGCCAGGAGGGGCCGGAGUCAUUUUUAUAACAAAAGGAUAGUUUUCUUGUCUGAAUGUGUCUUGUUGAACUUGAGGCUGAAGAACUUGGCCCAAGAGUUCAGGCCCUAGAAAGCUGCUGGGCCCCGGAAUGGGGAGCCCUCUGUUACAACAGAAGCAACUUUGGCCAGUGUGGCUUGAGUGAGGCCACGGCUCUGCUCUGCUUUAGGACUUGGCCUUACUUCUAGACCACUGGGAGUUGUGGAGGACCUACCCUUUUCCUACAGAGACAUAUCCUGCUGUGUGGGCAGAUGGGUCUGGCCUUGAGAAAGGUAUCUGGCCAUUGGUUGCUAUGGUGACCAGAGGCCAUGUUGCUGUCUAUGAAUACUGAACAAAGGAAAAAGGAGGGACAAUCAAGGGCCUACCUUCUUGGGGAGAUCUGUCUCUCUCACACUGGCUGUCCCUCCCCAGCAUCGCUUCUAUUUGGUCUGCCAGAGGCUGUAUAGUCCAGCCUGCUUACUUCCCUGGGCGGUGCAGCCCUGACUUACACAGCCAGCACAGCCCACAUACCAGUCCUCAAGAGCCCUUGAGGCCAAGCGCCCUGUCACAACCCCCUAUCCAAAAGGUAACUUCUCAUCUCAGUUGCAGGUGUGGGUAUGUGUGCUGGGGUGGGUAUCCUUAACCUUUUUCCAUUUUGAAAACAUCACUGUGACAAAAGCCCCCACCUCUUCCUGCCUAGCAGAUCUCAGGUAGAAAAGUCCCUCUCUGCUAAUAGCAAGGGCUACCCUGGGGAUACUUUUGUGAAAGGGAGUGCUUGGCACCAUUUCCCAGGACCUCUUUUUCUACUCUAGAUCAGACCUGAGGUGGUGAUGGGCUGCCGAGCCAUGCGUAUGAGGUCUAGUCCUGGCUUUAGCAUGAGUUGGAGCAGAGAGGGUCCUUCUUCGCUGACCCCAGAUUUAGCCAGCUCUGCCCUGCCAUGUACGGGGUAGCCUCCAGGUGCUGAGUGUUUGAUAGAUGACCUGACAAGUGCCUGGCACCCAGCCUUGUUCCUAGAUCCUGGCCUUUCUCACUGGCUGGGAAACCUUAGAUCAUAUCAGCUAGGACAAUACUGCUGGAUUUAUAUCCAGAUAUUAAUAAACAUCUUUUUAACAUUUUUCAA